AUGAAACUGGAACCCUUUUACAUACUGGUGACUUUGGUUGUGGUUGGAGCACACCCAACAACGCCUUCGCCGGAAUGGCCGACAAACGUCAGCACAUCAACCGGGCCAGAAAUUAACGGGACUGGCUUAACAACACUGCCAACAGAAGUGACACAAACCCAACAAACUACCGAGGCGGCCAAGACGACAAAGAAGCCUAUCCUCCAACAACUCAAGGAGCCCUACUCACUUGAUGACUUUGGAUACGACUUUUUGCGAGAUGAGUAA